CGCACUAAUUACACAAUCGUCACAUUAUCUGUAAGUGAUUUCAGAACUCACCUAACACUCACAGAAUUGACUGAAAAUUCACAGUAACUGCUUUAAUCAGCAAUAAAAGUGCUAAAGCAGUGUUCUCCCUAGGAUUUUGGGAAGACCAGGGGUAAAAGUGACUGUGAUUUUCAAUGGUGUUUGUACAAAGCCUACUGUAGCCUGAAUAAAGAUUUAUAAUAGAGACUUGGGAACUUACUUUAAGGUGUAAAAGUUUUUCAUUGUUGUUAAAAAACUUGGGUUGACUGAACACAAUUUGCAUGUUUGACAAGUUUUCAUUGUUGUUUUGAAAUGGAACUUUCCCAAGCCAGUAGAGUUGAAAAGAAUACCCACGCACAAAAAGUGCAAAUGCAAAAAAUUUUGUUCACAAACGAGGCUUGUUGGUGAAAUUUACUCGUCUGACGUAAUCAUGCAUAGGGGCUAUUUCUUUAGUACUCCAUGUGAAGGUCCCUUAUGUUUUACAAGAAGGCUCCUGUUCAACGAAAUGAAUGGAUCAUAGGUUUGAACAUAUUCAUCCAACAAUAUCAGGGUGUUCAUUAGACAUCAGAGAUUAGACAAUUCUCUGUUUACUAUGCAGAAUUCUAUGGCUAACUUUAGGUAGCCUAUCUAUGACUAUUUCUUACUCAGAUGCUGAGCACCUUUCAAACAUUAAAUUACCUUAUUACGUUAUUACAUCUUUCUCCUGCUGCUAGUAUCCUUAGUGAAAACCCUGCGAUAAAUCACUUUUAUCAAAUUUCAUCAACUUUCUUUAGUGAUUUUGUCUUUGAAAUACCUUACUCUAGAUGUCAACGUAAGCGUCCGUUUGGUUAAAAAUCUUUGGUUUUAAAGCCAGGCAGCAACAAUUUUCCAGUGAAUUAAGCCAGGUGGUCCACCUAGCCUUAAAUACUUAGGGAGAACACUGUCAAGAGAAAUACCUAAGAGCUACACCCAUAAGAAUGAACAUGGAUGAAUAAAAAUGAAGAAGAUUAAAACUUAUUAGAUCUGUUAAACAAUGGCAUGUUUCUUUUUAACUUUGUCUCAAUUUCUAUGAUAAUGUGACCUACAUGUACAGAAGAGAGCUUGGGAAUCAUCUACAUUUAUUUGUGUGAUGGUGACUUUGUCAUCAAAACGUUUUUUUUGAGCAAUAUUCCUAACAGUUAAAAUUGCCCUUGAUCGCCAAAUUUUUGAAAUAAAAAUUGCCUACACUCUCGCCCAUGAAAAUGUCCAGGAUGCAUUGACCAUUUUAUAUUAUUUAAAAGAGUAAAUAACUUUUUUUUCCAGAUGUCAAAAAGCUAGCUUCAGUUAUUGUCAAGCAGUGGAUGAGUCUUGUAAGAAACCAAUCAGGUAAUGCAGGAAGCUAUAAGAAGUAUUUGAAUCCUCCAUAAAAAAAAUAAACAGUGUUGAAUAGGGGGACUUAAAAAUAGAGAGUAUUUAAGGUAGAUGUUGUGGUUCAAUUUUAUUAUUGUUUUGAAUACCUGUAUUAUUUUCCUUAGUCUGAGUUAUGGUAAUGUAUGAUAAUGAGUUUUAAACAAAGGAAAAUAUAAUUAAAACCAAUCGGUUGAAAUGUUAUAAAAUUGAACCACAACAUAAUUAUACACCACCAUACCCGGGCCACCUUACACUGAAAGGAAACCCUAAUUGCUGAAGUGCUCGACCAUGCUUUUGAUUUAAUGUACUUCCUGUUCCUUGAUUGAAGAAAAAGUGGACAAACCAAAGCAAAAUGGCUCAACCGAAAGUGAAGAUAGUUUGCAAGGAAAUAGACAAGGUGAGACAAAACUGAGAUGAUCAAAAUUAUCAUAAAUUUAUUAACUUAUGUAAAUACUUAAGGUGUGUGUUCUCUAGAAGGAGAAAAAUGAAAUAGGCAGUAGAUUACACCAAAAGAAGCACCCGUCCUACUUUAGUAGUUAGGGAAGAGGAGUCACCCAUUCCUUUGGGACGUUUGGGGGCUUCUGUGGGGAAUUAAAAAUUUUUAUUUUGAUGGCCCUGAAAUGUGCAUUUCCUUGCAUCUUUGAGUAGGAGAUAAAAAUGAUGAUGUGGAAGGGUGUUGAGAAACAAAUACAACCAAGAAUUAUAAUUACGCGUGAAAAAAUAUUUUUUUAUGAGUAACUGGCACUUCUGGGACGACUGCACAGUCACUGCAGCUUCCCAAGAACCCUGCUAUAGGCUUUGACCACCUGUGCAUUUACACUGUUACAUUCUUUCGGCCUGAAAAAUUCAAACCAGUUUGAAAAAUUUCAACCGGUUUUAAAAAAAUUCGAACCAAAGAAAAAUUUGAACCACAAAAUAAUUAUUACAUUAUAUUUGUGUCAAGACAUCUACUCUGCAUUCAUGUAUUAAAUAGUGUGAAAGAAGAAUUUUUUUUAUUUAUGUCUUCUUGUCUUUUUCUCCCUUCAUUAAGGUGAAGGAAAACCUGUUAAAAGAUUAAGGUAACAUUUGUAAUACUUGAUAGUGCCUUUUGGUAAGAUAUCUGUCAAAAGAUCCAAAAUCUGCUUACUAGUAGCCUGUGAGUGCAGCCGUCUCUCCUUGCUCUUUUCCACUAGGGACGUUUUGCCUUGUGCCACAAUGACAGAAGAUGUUAAAAUGAUGAAGUAAAUCAAUGUUUACAUAAUUGAUCUGGGUUCCAAAUGUGAUUUAAAUUUGUUUGAAAUUCUUCUCUUGGUUUGUUUUUGUUCUUCUGCAAACAAAUAUUGCAGCUUAACUCAAAUGCUUUUUCUAAAUAAUAUUAUUUUAUAUUUUAUGAAUAAUUUAUAAUGACUGUUUUGUAGUAGAUUUAAUAUUGUGUUACAUUUAUCCUUUGUGACCCUUUUGUCUUUUGUCUGUAAUUUGUAAACAAUUGGCUUAACGAAUAUAAUUACUAGGUUGACUAUUCAGAUCUCCUGACCAGAUUCUGGACAGAGUUUACAUCAUCAGUAUGGAAUUUCUGUCUUUGAGGUGCAGACAUCUCUCCCGCAAAACAUAGCUAGCUUACUGUAGUGUUUAUUUUUUGCCUAUUUUUGGAUAUACCUCUCAAACUAAGAGCUACAGUAAUAUUUUAGACAGCUUCAUUUGAUUUAUGAUCUUUUCUUUAACCACAGGGAUAACAGUUCCUCAGAUUCUAACCGAUCACCUCAGCCUGAGAAGAAAUUAAAAACAUUAAGUGAGGUUAAAAGUGAUGUCAAACAAAGCUUGGCACAGAAAAAUAUUUCCAAGACAAAAGUCAUCCCACCUCAGCCUAAACGUAAGUGGCUAUAAACAAUUAACAAUUUAGUAUAAACAACAACAACAUACAACAGCUAUUACUUGUUGACCAAGUGCAAGUAUAACAACUGGCUGUUGGUAAUACGUGAUUGAGAAAUUCAGUUCAAGCUCUUUGCUGGCAUUACAUACUCUGUUUAAUAACAGGUAGCCAUUGCACUGUACUACACCUGAAGGCGGAUCAUGAGGCUGUCCCGCCCUCACCCAGCGCAGGGUCUAGAAAGGUUGGCCACACCACCCGGGUCUACGCCCCCUAUUCUUUUCGAACAGUGGUGUGGGUUCUUUGACAUCCACAAAAACUAUUAUAAUUGUUUUAAAGUGUUAUGGUGAUUGGAUUGUGAUUGAUGGGUCAUUUCAACUGAAGAUGAUAGUUGAACAAUCAAAACAUGACUAAUUGCAUAAGACUUUUUUCUAGUUAGAGGAGCACCUUCCAAUCAAAAUUGCUUAUUUACUUUUUCUGAUCAAUUCCAUUCUGUUGAGGUUCCCUCAUUUUCAAUAAUGCUAAUCAAAUUGAAAGUUCUAUGAUUACUUUUCUUCUUUCACAAGCGGUUGCAAUGGAAAGUGCAGGGUUUAUGAAUGCACUGACAUCUGCAGCUUCUGCUGCUCCAGUGGUCAGGAAAAGGAAGCGCGUUACUGCUGCAAAGGUAUUUGUUUACGUUGUUGGGAUCACUUUUACUUUAUGAUGGGGUCUUAGAAAACAUUUUGUUUAUUUAUUUAUUUAUUUAUUUUAUUAUUAUUAUUAUUAUUAUUAUUAUUAUUUGCAGACUGGAACAACUACAACUACAACAGCAACAUCUUCAGUGUCAAAUACCAAGGUAGGUGGAAGAUCUUAUGUUACUGCAUAAUUAUGCUUACUUUUCAGUGGUGUUGCUAUUGCAUUCACUCAUGGCAAAUGUGUUGCUUCAGAAAUUAUCCACAUUCCCUCCACAAACAGUUUUUGGUUUGAACCUUUCAAUCCUCCAAAAAAUUCUUGGUUGACUUCAUACUUAAAAAUAUUUUGUACCUCCUCUUUGCUCAAUCGUACAUCAUUUUGCAGAUGUAAAUAAUUAUGUUUUUAUUAAAUAAAGCUGCCUAUAUCCAUGUCAGGUGCAAGCUUUUUCUGUUAACCUUGCAAAAUCAUGUUAAGACAGUAUUUAGCUUUUUUAAAUGAACUUUUGAAGGAGUUAUUGAACCAUGGAAAGCAGCCUGCCAAAAGAUUCUAUCAUAAAAUUUGAUUUUACUAGUUGGAGCCUUUGAGUAAUGGAUUUUUCACAUAUGCUUUAUGUUGUAGCCAACAUACACAGGUAUUCUAGAUGCAAUACUGGACAGUCAGUCACAAACACAUGGCCAAGAGGAUGGACGAGAUAAGGAAAGCAAAGACAAAGAUACUGACAACUCAAAUACAAGGUAAACCAGCCUUGACUCUCAGAACAAUAAUUGGGUAGACAGCUUCUAGAAUCUAUUCAAUCACAUGGCAUUGCUGUCUUAAGGGAAGUGGUAUCUGUUCUGUCAGACACAGGUACAAGCUUGUUUGUUCAUUUUCACUGGAGGUGAUCAGAAAUGUCGGUCUAGCAAUGUUAUUGUUAAGUACCUAUGGAUUUUUGUUUUUUCUUUCGAAUAAUGACAGUCUGGGAAAAUCCCUGCAAUUUGACCUCUGCCAUUAACAUAUUAUAAAUUUAGUGAAUAUUGAAGGAAAGUCAUCCCAUAUGUUCUCAAGAAGUUUCGCUUGAUAAUUGUGGUAGUGGGACACUACAUAAUGUUUUUUACUUUGUUGCAACAUGAACAAACAUUUGUCCACAUACUUUAUUAAGAAGGAUAAUGUUAACUUAUAAAUGCUCUUUAUUCUGAAUUAUCUGUGGUUCAAAUUUGUCCCAUUUGUUUUUUCCUCUGCUCUUGAUUCAUUUUAUUUCCAUGCAGAAAAUAAGCAAAAUAAAAAAAAGAAUUGUUCCAAGGAUAGACCCUUAAGUUAAUAAGUUAAUUGCUUCCCUUUUUUACAGCAACAACAAAUCAGGUUCAACUCCAAAUGGAUCACCAGAAAACACACCAUCAGUACCAAGUAAGUCUGCAAUAUAAUGCUGUAAUACUGUAAACUGCCACUUACAUGCUCCCCCACUUGUAAACCCGCCCCCCCAGUUAUAGGUUAAUCUACCAGUUAACAAAAUAAUGCAUCUGAUUAUAACCCUAAUCCCUCCUCCCCCAGAUAUAAUCCCCCCUCCAAAUAUAUUGGAGUGAAUUCAAUAAUUAUUAUGAAGUUUUGAAGCUUAAUUAAAACCAAUAAAUGUGAAACGUAUUUUGCCCAUCACUGAUAUAGCUUGUUUAUUGAAGCCCCUCCAUAAAUUUAUGAGCCUUCUUAGCUAAAACCAUUUUCGAAUCAUCAGUUUAAUAAAUAAGCCCAGGUCUUAUAAGAGGCAGUUUACAAUAUUAAGUUAAAUUAAUUAACUGCCUGCAAGAAAAGUUUUUAUCCAAGUCAAUAAUUUGAAAGUUUUUUUUGGUAUUAUGUUUACUUGUACUUGAUUUGGAGGUCCAGAAUAAGGAUUUGUGGUCUACUUUGCAGAAGUCAUGUCUGUAGUGCAGGCUAGAGAUUAGAUGAGAAGAAAGAAAAUUAUUGAUUAACUGAAAUUGGAAACGGUUUAUUCAUAUGUGCAAUAAACAAUCUAUGAUCACAUUUCAUCUUAUUAUUAAGUAAAACCUACAUAUAGUGUUACAGGAAACUUGUUAUAGGUCACAUGGUCUACUCAAGAAAUUUCAUAAAGAUUAGUGCUUAUCAAAGAGUAUACGUUGGCUCUUCAUUAAUUUUUUUGAACAAGUUCAUGUGUGUUCAUUCUUACAUUUUCUUGCAUAAAUUUCUUGUCUAGGUGGGGAUAUUGGAGACUUUAGCAAAGGAUCUGAGGUAUGAAUGCAGCUAAAAUGGCCAUGCAACUUGUAUUACAAAGUCAAUCAUCUUGCAAAUAUGUUUCAGGAAAAAAAGGCCAGUGACGCCAUCAGAAUUAUAUUUAAUAAUAAAAGGAUAAAGGAGAUACUAACACAAAGACACCAAAAUGUAACAGUCAUCCUGAUUUAAUGACAAAAAAUGCUUUUUCAGAAAAUAAGAAAAAGUUCCAUAUUUCAGCUGUACAUGUGCUUUGGUAUAGGGGUUUUGAUCUGUUGUUCUUGAAGCUUUUUUUGUCCUUUUUUGUUCUCUGCAGUCAUCUGAGAAAGACAAUUCUCCUAACUCAGGUAUGUUCAUAAGUCUAACCACUAGAGAAUUUUUUUUAUUUGCCUCUUUAUUAUAGAGUUAAAUCAUGAUUGUUUAGAGACACUAAGUUUUUUGGCUUAUAAAUUCUCUUGCUUCCAGAAAAGUUUGUUCAGUUUUAGUCUUUAAGUUACCAUCAUUUUGGUUACUUGUAAGCUUCUUCGUAAAUGAGUUAUAAACUCUCAGUAAAAAGGGGAAAACAAAAGGCUGUUAUGAUGUUUACAUCCCUCCAUAAACUACGGUAGUUCUAGUGUACUACUGCAGGACUUAUUCAAUGAACAAAGUUUAUAUUAUGAGCUACAAAACUUGAGCGGUUAGCUAACACUGCCCAAGCCACGUACCAAUUAUCUAAAGGGUAGCUAAUUUUAGCUAUAGUGGGGCUCAAUCAUCAAAUUUCAGGGGCACCCAACGACAAUUUUCGGAAAAAUAUCUGUUCGGAAGACGAUUUGAGAUCUAGAAUUUUCGGAACAUUUGUUGUAAAAUUUCUUGCUUGCCUGCCUCUCCUAGGAUUUUCGGACAUCUAGAAAAUGGUAUAAUUGCCUAUUUUUAACGGAUUUUUAACCUAAAAAGAUCACCUAGAAUUUUCGGGAGCCUUUUUUCUGGCUAAAAUUUUCGAAAAGGUAAGUUUUGAUCACUAUAAUUUUCGGAUCACUUGACUUUCAGCUAGGAAAUCCGAACAGAUGAAAAACUUUUAGGGGAUAAAAAUAUGCCUAUAUCUACCGUUUAAAUACUAAAAUAGUUUAACAAUUCUAUGUUUAAGUGGUUUUGAACUAUAUUCUCGUUGGGUGCCCCUGAAAUUUCCUACCUCAAUAUGUUAGAAACAUAAAGUCAGUACUAGGGCAAUUCAAAAGGGAAAUUAAUCAAGUAUUUCAAUCAUCAGUUUCCCACUCAGCAAUCUUGUAAAACGGUAAAUGAAGUGUAAACAGUAAUUCUUUUUAUUAAAAUAUCUGUUUCUAACUUUACCCUGUUGAAAUUAAGUUGUAUGUAUGUAUAUGUAUGUAUAUACAUGUAUGACCAUGUGAGUAUUGAUGUGUGGAGAGGAAGGCCAUGAGUUUGAAUCCUGUCCAGAUUGAGAACCAGUUGUAGGGAAACUGGAUGUUUAAAAAGCUCAGUUUUUUAGAGUAGUAUGCGGUUAGUUUCCCUUUGGUGUUCAGCCAUUUUCUCUGCUCAAAUGCACUGUGAGGGUUGUCUUAACUUCGCUCGGGACUCUUGUCUUGUUGGCACAGCCUUCAGCUAGCCCAUAUUUGAUUUCAAAAAUAAAACAACAUCAAUACAAUAAGGUGUGAGUUUCAUCAAAAAUUGAGGGUGAGCCUUACAACCAUGAUAGCAAAAUUUAAAUUCUCAUUUGUUGUCACUAAAAUUUCCUUUUGAAGUAGUAGAUACAAGUUGUUAAAGUUUGUCAAUUAAAUUCAUCUUGUGAUCAAUUUGUUAAUUCUUGUUACAACUCUGUUUUAUGAUGAUAAAUAUUACAAGGAGAAAAUUGAUGCUGAUCACUUUUAAAGCUUUAAGUCUUGACACAAUACUAAUAUCUCCCCCACCCCGCCCGCCCGCCUGUCCCCCCCUCCCCCACCCAAAAAAAAACAAAGGCAUCAUGGUGAUUGUCAAUGAUCAUAGAUAUUACAAGGACAAAAUUGAUGCUGAUCACUCUUAGGGCUUCAAGUGUUGACACAAUACUAUCUCUCCCCGCCCCCCACCUCUAAAAAAAAAUGACAUCAUGGUGAUUGUGAUCGACAUAUUGCAGCAUCACAGACCUCAUCAGACACAACAGCAUCAGCAGUUGAUGAUGCCGCAGCUGAAGAGAAACCAGCUAAGAAGUCAAAGAAGGGCAAAAGAGUUCAAUGGCCUACUGAUGAUUCAAACCUGGCUAUAUUCCACUUCUUUGAGAUGGAUGAAGAUGAAAGAGGUCGGUUUGCCAUGCCUCCCCUAAAUGUAUUUUGUUUCUGAAAAAACAGAUGUUUUUGUUAUGAACAGUUUAUUCCUUUCCUGCGGUGUCCAGUUGUUUGACUGCCAAUUUGUUUAUAGAAAGUCAUGAUCAUUAAACUGCAAGAAACAUUGUCAACCAUAAAAUUGUAAUAAUUUCUUAAUAUACUGAAAAAGUAGGCCUUAUAAGUAUGUGUAUCUUGUUUAUGUGUGGAGUACCUUGAGCAGAACAUGUUGGAAAUCAAAUAAGAAAAAUGUGUAGUGUAGUGGAAUAAUCAGUACCCUUACAGGGAAACUACCAAGAGAAGCAAAAUCCUAAAGUAUUGCUUAUCAAACUUGCAUUUCCCAUGGGGAACAGUUUAAAACCAUCUGUGUAUAUAUCUAGGAGAGAAAAACUCAUAACCUGCUUCCAAGUUUCAGAUUCUACAACUACUACACUACAACUUGAAUUAAUUAGUUGAAUUUCUUUGCCCCAGAUCUUUGGAGAUCUGUUUACUGCAUGUAGUAUCACUAACAUUAUUAAGGUGUUUAUUUUUUUAGCUCUGGUGAGACACCCUGUUAAUUUUCUUGAUGCUGCCCAUAAUGAGAUGGUUAGGGAAAGGCAGGUAUGUACCUUAAACAAGGAUUUCUGUCACCCUUUGAAGACAACAACUGACAGAAUAUCCCUCCUACUUAUCAGUCAAAGUACACACUAUUGUAUGCUUUGAUUUUACCAGAGAAACCUUUCUGAUUCAUCCUGUUUGCACCACUAAUUUUCUCUUAUUUCCUGGGGCAUAAAUUCAAUGAUUACUUACUUAAGUUAUGGAUAGUUUUCAGUUUCUUAAUCUUUGACGUUUGACUAACCAGGUCUUAUCUUGCCCUUUUUCAGCUUGUGGAGCAGGCUAAACGGUUAAGUGAAGAUAUAAUGGCAGAGAGAAUAAAGGUAAAUAGCAUACUAUGGAAAUGUUAUAGCGGGCGGUAGGAUUUUGUUGAGGCCUUGCACCCAUUUUUAGCCUGCUAGAAAGUUCUCCUAUUUGGGUGAGGGAAGCAAGCUGCUUGAGAACCCACUGGCGAGUAGGGCUGUUUUCGUGUCUCCUCUUGUGUGCCUCUCGUGUGUCCAAUUUUCACGAUAACCCCCAAAUGGAGAGCUUGCUUGCAGGCUAGCCCAUUUUAGGAGUAAUGGGCACUGCACUGUUACGUGAGACAAGUGAUCAGAUUGCAAGAAGAUGUCAGUCAACACACGGCCAGCAAAAUAGCUUUGCGGUUCUGGGGCUAAUAUUAUUAAGUUAUUCCUUAGGAAUAUUGACAAUAAUUGCCCACACACAUACACACACGCGCACACUCCUCAGUAAACAACAAGCCAAUGAAUCCGUUUGGGCAUCUUAAAUGAAGAAACCAAGGCCCUGAGGACUCGAGAGAAGCCUUCAAGCACGAAAAGAGGCCCAAACAGAAUUCACAGGAAAGCAGGAAGAGGUGCGAGGAAAGGACAGGAGGUGUGGGAAGAAAAGUAGGGCCAUAUUACUUGUCCCACUCAGGGUUGUCACUAAGAUUUCAAGUUGCCGGGUAAAUACAACAAGUGGACGGGGAAUCAAACAGCUAGGAAUUUCUUUCGGUUCUAUUUUUCUUUUAUUUUCCUUUGAAAGUAGCCGGGGAAGACGUUCAUAGUAGCCGGGGGAAAUCCCCAGCCCCCGCCUCUUAAUGACAGCCCCGGCCACUGCCUUUCACUAGGAGCACUUUCUAUUCUUUAACAAUGGCUAUUUAAGUGCUGUCUCAUGUUCUAACAAAGGGGUUUUGUAAUGGUCUUACUUCAGUGGUACAGACCUGCGCCCUUAACAGUUGAUCAUCAGACAGAACGAGGAACCAAAAGUGAACAAAAACACAUACAGGUUGGUCAUACAUUUUAAGUUGAACCCUGCACUAACAGCCAUCACCCUAUCAAUGAUAACAGCUGGAAUUUUUGUCCAAACAAACGUUCCAUACAAUCACUCUUCCAUUAACCUCUUUAAAUGGCCACCCACAGAAAAGCAUGAAAUAAUCUCUCCAGAAUGGCCAUUUAAAAGUGAAUUAUGUAGACUGAUGUCGUCACAUAACUUGAUUUGUUUAAGAUUCUUGUUCUGAUCGUUUUACAGUAUUUUUUGGAUUUUGCUGUUUCAUUUUGUUAUUUGAAAUUGUAAUACAGUACACUAUUGAGAACAUUUUCUACAUCCCCUCUCCAAAAGUGGUUUUACAUUACACUCCCUCCCCCCAAUAGGCACCUAUCUACAACAGCUCUUUACCUCCGUCCCCAAGGUUGCCAAAAAUGUAGAGAGGUUUGACUGUAUUUUCUUAAGCCUGUGUGUAAUGUAAAUUGUACAAGCCCCACUUGUUUUAUAACGGAGCUUCAUUUUGUAGAAAAUUACGCAAUAGGACCCCCCGCCCCCUUCCUCCACCAUCACCACUCCCCUCUUAAAAUAACUGAAGAUCCGGACUUGCUUUCAAUACUGGUUUUCACUAGCGACGGAGUCGGAGUCGUUGUCGUAAUCAGAAGCGUAGGACUUAACGAUCUAGUGAAAACAGUGUUCUGACUCCACUUACGAUCAAGUGAAACCAGGUUGUAAGUAGAAGCAGAAGAACUAAACCAAUCAUAAAGAGUGGGAACUUGCAUUGCACAAUGAUUGUUUUCUCAUUCCGCUUAUGAUUCCGACUCCAACAAUCUGGUUUUCACUAGAUCGUAAGCGACGGAAUCGUAAGCGGAGUCGGAAGAAAAUGGAAACGUUCUGAUUCUUCUGACUCCGAUUACGUCGCGCUUAUGACUCCGCUUACGACUCCGAUUUUUGAUUUUUACAACGUCAUAAGCGUUCUAACGAUUCCGACUCCGACUCCAUCACUAGUGAAAACCAGCCUUUACGUGUUUAGAAACUCUAGUGGGUUGUUAAAAUUUUGUUUCUUAACUAGACAGAACCUCGUUCUUGUAACAGUUUUACACUACAAAUAACUAGUGGUAUUUAUGGUUAAAAAGGUAACACCUGCCUUGAUUAUUUGCUGAUGUAAUACUAUCUGUUUGUAAUUUUCUGCCGACAGAAAACUCGAGAAGCAAGUAUCCUUGCUGAUAUAUUUUUAACCAAGUCAAGGUAUGCUCAAGUUUGUGAACUUAGGUAUUUUAGGUAUUUUUUUAGGUAUUUUUAUUUAUUUGCCACACAAUUACGUUACUUAAAGAUGCCAAAAGAAAAAAAAAAAAAAUGUAGGAAGAGAUGGCGAGGAGGCCUAAAAGAAACUAUAGAGCUUAUGUUAAUUAGGCCUCCUCAAUUACAAUUUUUCGAAGAUGGCAUAAAAAUUACGACGACGGGUACAGUAUAAUAUCAGGUGAAAAAUUAAACUAAUCAAUAUUACGGAAGUUUACAUGUACAAAUGUUGAAUAUUAAAAGGCUUUUUCCCAAGAUUUUUGUUGAAGUAUACUAAUAAUUAUUACAAAUAAAUGCCUUAAGUGCUCUUUUAAAGGAGAAAGGUGAGGAAGCGUUGAUGAUGUUGGUGUUUAAGGUGUUGUAAAAUUUAGGUCCUUGAUAAAAAACGGAAAAUUGCUUGGUUCGAGUACGACAGAAAGGCAGACGAAAUUUACACGAGUUUCUUGUAUUAUACGAAUGAAUUUGACUUUGUAAGGUAAAUUUACAAUGAAAUUUUAAAGGUAGAGUAUGGUUUUGAUAGGAGUACAUGAAUAAGCCUAGUUGUAUUAAGUAUAUAUCAUGAAAUUUUAAGAUACCAAGAUUUUGAAAGAUUGGAAUCGAAAGUGGUUUUAGCUAUAGUUCUGAUCACUCGUUUCUGUAAAAUCUCAAGACGAAUAAGGUUAGUUCUGUAAGUAGAGGCCCAAACUAAGUUGCAGUAAAAAAGGUAUGGAUAGACUAGAGAAAAAUAUAGUGUUCGUAAGGUUUUCGUGGAUAAAUAGAAACUGGAUUUACGAAUAAUUCCUGUGCAUUUAGAAACUUUAUUGGCGACAUGUGAGAUUUCAGAUUUCCAAUUUAAAUUUUCGUCCAUGAUUACUCCCAGGAAAACUGUUUCUUUUACUUGAUCAAUUUUUGACUAUUAAUUAAAAGUUGAAUAGUUUGAUUUGUACGCUUUUGGGAUGGUUUAAAUGCAAUGAAUUUGGUUUUUUCAAGUUUAAUGAAAGCCUGUUAGCUCUAAACCAUAUUGACAACUUAUUUAGUUCAGCGUUCAGUAUAUUAGUAAGGCAGUCUUUAUCCUUGUGAGACACAAAUACGUUUGUAUCAUCGGCAAAUAGUAUCAGUUGUAAUAUUGUUGACGUGUUGAUUAUAUCGUUGAUGUAGAGUAGAAAAAACAAAGGCCCUAGUAUUGAACCUUGGGGAACGCCACACAUGAUAUUAGCACGAUACGAAACAUAACCAUUGUAUUCUACAAAUUGAAGUCUGUUGGAAAAAUAGUUCUUAAUCCAUUUCAGAGCCAAGCCACGUAUACCAUAGUGUUCAAGUUUAUCAAAUAAGAUGGAAUGAUUGACUGUAUCGAAAGCUUUCGAGAGAUCUAAAAAGACACCAACCGCUAAUUCACCACGAUCAAUAGCAGAUGAAAUUUUUUCAUGCAAAUCAAUCAAGGCAAGCGUCGUAGAGUGGUUUUUCCUGAAGCCGAACUGGUUAUCACAGAGAAUAUGUAAAUUAGUUAAAUAAUCAUACAAACGAUCAUAGAUGAUUCUCUCUAGAAAUUUUGAAAAGCUUGGUAGAACCGAGACAGGCCUAUAGUUAGUGAAUAGUGACUGGUCAUCAGCUUUAAACAGAGGUACCACACGAGCUAUUUUCAUUUGAUCUGGUACAAUGCCAUGAGCGAUCGAUAAAUUCAUAAUGUGAGCCAGAGGUCCCGAAAUGAUUUGAAUGGAUUCCUUAAUUAUAGACAUUGGAAACUCCUAUUUUUGAUAUUGAAUCUUUUUUUAGAAAAAUUGUUUUACAAAUUUUCUUUGUUAUUUAUGUGCUUUAUAAUUUAGGGUUUUUAUGUAAUGCCAUCUUGCAAAUCACAUCUGACAUAACACAAGUCGAAUGACCUGAACCUUGAAGCAGUUACUUUGUUUCUUUUCCACGUACAAAAAAAAAUGCAUGAGUAAUUUGUUACUUGUUUGUGUUUGGAAUUUAGUACCUAUUAACGCUAGAUGUAAAACUAGACCUUUACAAAGCUGAGAGAUUCUCUAAUAUCCUGAACAUGAGCUCUUUUUCGCUUGUUUGUUUCUUUGUUUUUCGUAGUCUUCCAGACAGUCCUGCAGAACCUGAUCUAGAAAACCAGCAAGGAAGUUCUGAAGAACCUAAAGUCAUCCCUCAUGAUGAGGUAUGUCCAGAUUGUAAAUUCCUUUCAGUUUUUGCUAAAUCACAUUCCUUUUGCUUUGGAGCACUGAUUAUUUUUAGGUCGUGGAGUUUUGCGUUCUUGGAUGCUUAUAGCCUGCGAACAAGCUCUCCUUUUGGGAGAGUCGCGAGAAGUCACGCGAUAGCCGCACGCUAAAGGAGACUCUCACGCCUUGGCCACUCGAUCGCAAGAUAGGAUGCUUGCUCACGUUCUAGCGCGGUAACUGGUCGUUUCGCCCGAAAGUCGUGCGUGCUUAGGUCGUUUCGCUGGAAGUUUAUUUGUCGUUCUUUAAGCCGUUCGAUUCACCCGACGGCUGUUCGCCGGACUUGAUUGGAUUCGCCCGAUGGGCGAAACGACCACAAUUCUUUUAAGCCAUAGUCCAAUCACCCCCUUCUUUUUUUGGCAGUAAUUGCUCGUACACCGUAGGGGCUAGUUACACAAAUCUGAAGUCCAGCCGAGUCAAACUCUUUAAUAUAAACGCCAGACGUCAGUAGUUCCACAGAGCGCAGAGGGGUAAUUUGUGACCUUGAUUGCACUUAAAUUUCAUAUUUGAUACCGCGAAUCGCCUUUGUUUACUGUAGAAUCCAAUAUGAACUUGACCAAUCAAACCGUCAUGCGAUCGUUUUGCAAACCUGGUGAAGUAUUAUCUAAUGCUCUGGGAAACCGCGAACGGUAAUGAAUGUGGACGAACAACAGCGACUAUAAUUUUCUUCUGGGCACUUCGUAUCUCGCUCGGAAAGCUUCGCCUUUCGGAUGCGUUCGGGCGACGUUCGUUCCCACCAAUCAAAGUCACAAUUAACUCCUUUGUUCCCUGGGGCAGUUCCGUUUGGAACUGACUGAGCUGAUUUCUUUUGGCAGAAGGGGACCACUCAUGUACCUGCAAAGACUCCAGCUGUGUCAACUAGUAGCGGCGGCGGCGUUCAGCUACCUGCGGCUUUGAUGUCACUACUGUCAUCAGCCUCCUCAUCAAAUACAGGUUUGUUGCUGUUGUAGCUUAUUCUCACUUUUCAGUGGUGCCACGUUUUCUCUCCAACAGUUAAAGACAUCAAUAUAAUUCAAAUUAUGAGCCUGUGAAGGAAGUCUAAUUGUUUCAGUGCAAGCCUCUCUCUCAGUAGUUCUUUCCUUACUCUCCCUCUUGUCUCAACGCUCCCCCAAGCGUUGUGUGACGAGACAAAAACGGCUGCGAGGGAGACUAUUCUUUCCUGUGCUGCUGUCUAUAAUGCUAUAUAAAGUGGUUCUGACGUCAGGGAACUCCGACUGUAUGACCGCUCAAUGUGAGGGUAUUACAGGCGAAACUCUGGAAAACCUAGAAAUUUCGUUUAAUUUUAACCGCGUUCAAUUCAUUUACCUUAUCUAACACAAACAUUAGUUUUCUACAAUAAGUUAUACAGCGAAACCUGGAUAUAACCAACCUUGAUAUGACGCCCCCGAUAGUUGAUCCAAGCGUAACGAACAAUAUUUUUUGUCCCAGUUGCAGUAAAAUGCGUGGAACUGAACCCCGAUAAUUUUUCCAGUACCUCGUUAUAUCGGGUGCACUGUCAGGGCUCGAAAAAAGUCCCAACUAGUGGUCUAGGACGAGUAGAUUGUCUUGGUGGGCAAAUAACUUUUAAAGCUUGCUUGUCCAAUGGGUAAGGGUCCAGGCAAGUCAUCCUCUGACAAAAUCAUUAACUAAGACGAGCAAGAACUGGCCCCGGACAAGAAAAAUUGUGAGAGCUGCUUACUCAAAGUUGAAAUUCAAUUUUUUCAAGCCCUGACUGUAUAAUAAAAUCUCGCCUCUUGUGGCCUCCUGAGGAGAACGCAUUUGGUAGAAAAAUCGUGGGCAAGAUUGCAGCUAGCCUGCAAAUAAAUCCGCCUUUCAUCGCCCUUCUUCGCUGGGGACGUUUUUUACUUUUUUAGGUGGGAAGGAAAAUUGAUAAUAAUAGUAAUAAUUAAUUAGUUAAUAAUAGUAAUUUACAAUAAUAAUGAACUGACUAUGCGUUCUGGUUUGAAUAAACGGGAGGUAAAAAAAAAAACAGUAAACUGCGUUGUGCAAAUCUUAUGGUCAGCCUAAUCAGCGUUAUCUCUUGUUUUCUGUCAUUUGAAGGUGCGGCCGUAAGCCAGAGCAACUCAGCUCCAGUUACUGUGCAGACUCUGUUAGAUAAACUAAUGGUAAGUUUCAUGUCACGUGUCCGUAAUAAAUUUUAAGACGAAGUACAGUAGAACUUCUAUGGGAGACCACCUAUCCAAAAUAAUGGAUUUUCCCGGUCAAUGCACUAAUACGCAGUUCUCCACAAUUUCCAGUUUACUACCACUUUACAACAACCACGCGUCUUCCGUAAGCGGCCCCCAUAAUGUAGCAUUUUGUGUGAUAGAAAUCAACUGUAAAUGGUUUUGAGCUAGUGGAGAGAAUCCGUCACUGUAAGCUGGUACGUCUUCAAAGAUAGUCCACCUUAGAGGGGUACCUACAAAUGUUGGAUUCAGCAUUGGCCAUACCUUAACUUUUGUGCUUCGUUUAUCCUACGUGGUGGAUACUAACCCGAAGGGAAGUGGGAACGAGAGGAAUCACCCUUCUCCUCCUUGGCUUGCCCUUUGCGUUCUCGCACGCCCAAUGAUUUUUCGCUUCCCCACCUUUGCAAGUUCCCACCGUGUAGAUCAUUUUUCAUUCAGUAAAGUAUUUCAAUCUAAACGGUUCACACAGUGCUGUGUGGCGUGUCUAACAGCUAUUUCAUAAAGCUCGUUUAACGUAUUUGCAAUGUUAAAUGGCUUGCAUUUUAAUAAAUCGCUGCAGCUUACAUCAAAACAGGGGAAACUAGAAUUGGUUUAGCCUGCGCCACAGACAGAACUAAACUCCGGGUUUGGGUUGUUCACACGUUGGAUAGUGUUAUCCACCGGAUAAAUCACUAUCCAAUCUAUGUUAAGUUUCAUAUUUUUCCUUUGAGAGCGUUAUCCACCUUUCGAACAACUUGGCCCUGGUUAAGUCUGUCAGCGAAACAGUGUCGAAAUCCUUGUUCUGGGCCCCGAUUUAUUCACCAGGAUUUAAGUACGCGCCAUGAUUGGCCUGUUAAAAAUGUCAUGACCUAUUUGCCAGUCAGGUAAAAGGGAAAUUGGAACGCAUUUCCUGUGAUUGGUUGAGUCUUCUGGGGGCCAAGUUGUGGCCCACAACAAGGAUAUUGGCUCUGUUCGCAGACGUUACCAACCGGGGUUAGAGUACUUCUUCGACGCAGGCCAGAAGUGGUUUAACCUGCGAUCAGGCGAUUCUUCUUCCUUUUUUCCCUGAUUGCUGAUUAGAUGUGGCUCAAAGUAUUGAAACAUUUAUGCUUACGCUUGUUUGUUUUUUGCAAUGUGUUAUCUUAACACACUGGUCGUAUUCUGUGAUUUCAGAAACCCUCUCAACCGGGUAGUAUAUCUUCCGCGCCAUCCAACUCUCAGCCUCAGCUUCACAAUGAGGCAGGAGGUGCAGCCCUACCCAAUGCCCUUAAACAGAUCCUGGAACCUCUGCAGCAGAAUAAAAUGGGCCCUCCAAGGAUGCAGGGUCCUGCCAUGGGUCCUGGCAUGGGGGCAGGAUUGCUUGGGGCUGGUAAGUGAUCGACUGUUCUCUUUGAAUUUCACUUUCACUAGCCUAAACUACUCACAGAGGGUAAAGGACUAGAAACUGGGCGGCUAAGUAUAUGAUAUGAGUGGCACUCCUCCCUCACCAUAUAGCGUAAAACGAGGUUCGUGAACCCAAAUGUUAGCAGAUACACCAUGGUGUAGAUCAAAGUUAGCCCUGUUUACAAGAAGAGAGGUGGAUUUUCCCUGGAUCAAAAAUGAUAAACAAAAACUAUUUGGAAUAAAAACUGGGUUUAAAAUGGUGGAAAAUAUAUUUCGCCAGAUAGGCACAUAAAGGUGUUAAAAAAUUCCCAUGGUUAAAGCAACGUGUCGGCCUAGCAAGCGAGAAAUGCACGCCAUCUUGGAGAUUUCCUACUCGGGCUCGAAAGAAAAAUCCCAUCCGGUAGUCCGGGAUUAGUAGAUUUUCUUGCCGGACAAGCAACUUUUAAAGCUCACAAUGGGCAAGGGCAAGCCAUCCUCUAACUAAAUCAUUAACUUAGACGACCAAGACGUGGCGCCGGGUAAGCAAAAUGUUAGAGUUGCUUGCCCAAAGUUCAAGCUCGAGUUCAAAUGUUUAUCGAACCCUGUGAAACCUCACUUCACUGUUAGAUCGUGACGUAUUGCGAUGAAUGCGAGAAGGUUUACUUGUAUGUGAACCCUAUCAGUACGUAUUAUUGUUGCGAUGAUGUUGCAUAGUUUUUUAAUGGGCUGAAUGUCAACUCUGUAUUUGUUUGUUUGCUUGUUUAUUUUAGCGCCCGGCGACCCAAGCGGAAUGCUGAAUACCUUUAGACCGCCUGGUCCAAUGGGCCCCAGAGGUGUUCAAGGCCCGCAUCUACGCCCCGAUAUGGCUCCUCAUUUUCAGGGUCCUGGAGGUCCUAGACAAGGACCUCCUAUUGGGCCUCUUUUCCCAGGUCCUGAGGGGCCCAUGAUGGGAGUACGAAUGAGGGGCCUUAUGCCGCCUCGAAUGCAAGGUGGACACGGUGUUGGAAGAGGACCGAGGCCACUUCUGCCAGAAAUGGUAAGCUGUGACUCGGACAGAGGUACAACACUGAUAACAAAUAAGAUUACUUUGUACAAUGAAAGAAAAACAACAACAACUGACUUCAUCACAGGCUUCUGCUCAAAUGACCCUAACAUAGCUUCGUAAACCCCGCCCGAUAAAACGUUCUUGCAUCAAGCCCUUUCCUUUGCCGUUACAUCAGGUAACCAUCCCGUGUUUAUCAACAAUGAGUGGUCACAAGAGAGAUUAAACGGAACAGGGAGGGAGUCUUAGGGCGUUGGCAAGGCCUUCUUGGUGGCUAAUAUCCCCUCUUCGUUCAAAAAGGAAGAAGUAGAUUUGUAAUAGCAAGGUUACUUUAUUCAUUCCCAGGCCAACCGUGACGAAUUUCCCCCAGAUCAAUUUGAUGAUGGAGGAGAGUAUGGAGACGAAGAUGAAGAAGGCGAGCUUGGAGACAUGAGCAUGCGCGGUAGAGGACGAGGAAUGCUGCGUGGCCGAGGGCGUGGAAGAGCCCGGGGUCGAGGAACACCUCCCCUUUGUCGACACUUUAUUUCAAAGCGAGGCUGCCUCAGAGGAGCCACGUGUCACUUUUUACAUCCUGGAAUUAAUGGGCCGCCAGUCUAACAAUAAUAAACUAUGUGCGAUUGUAAGAGGGCAGGCACUGAAUUCCACGUUGUUUAUAAAAUCGCAUUCAUCAUUCUCUUGUACUGUGCGGGCGACUUUAAAUAAAUAUUGUAUCAAUUUUCCUGGAAUUCAGUGCCAGCUCUUUAUAGCGACCAUAAAUUUGAAUCAAAAUGUUACAAGAAAGUGAUAAAUCAAGGAGCCUGGUGGUAUAUGUAGAGAAAGAAAUGUUAGGUUCUGUUAUUAAUAAUAGAAGCCUCCAAUCGUUACUUUUGAGAAAACUGUAAAGUAAUCGUACGUGAGGCAUCAAGUAAAGUUCACUCUGCUCCUUCUGCCAUAGGGAAAGCGUAACUGUUGGAACUAGAUUGUAACUUUACCACAAGCCAAGACAUGGUAUCAAGACGUAGAGGUCAUCAGUGUGUUACAAUAACUUAUCCUUGCUGUACAGACAUUUUACGGUACCACUUACCCGUAAUAGAUCCCUGCGUCCCAGGAUCAAAUUGUUAUGCCCCUGGUCACUUGUUUAAGAGUUUUCUAAUUUUAUUAGGAGUCGACGAAGGAGAAGGAACGUCAUCUGUAGAAUACGUUUGUCGCUUCUGGAGGUAUCGAACAUUUCAGGCGUUCUAGAGAGCUCCGAACAGAUAUUUUCUAGAAAACGGUCGUUCUGUGCCCCUAUAGAAUGUCUUGGUAUCCUGUCGCCGCGUGUUAACGUGAUUUCAUUACUCAUCAGUAUUUCUCUGAAAUAUCUCAGUGGAAUUACCUCAAGUAACAAUUGAAAAGACGAGUUCUUGCAUUUCCUUGCUGUACCAGUAAUUAAGAAGUUUUAUUUACGGCGUUCCUUCAAUUUAUCUUUGUACAAAAUGUAUAAAUUUUGGAAUGCAAUAUAUCAGUGUAAAAUAAUAGGUGGAAACAAUUUUUAACAUCUGAGAGUAUUUUGUGACAAAUUAAGUAAUAAAUAUCUCUUUAUAUAAAUCAGCUUGUCACUGAACCGUGCAAGGAGAAACAGUGCUGCUUGGUACAUUUUGUUGUGAAAUGACAACAGUUCGAAGUGGAUGUCACUUAUGUAAAAGGCUGGUCGCAGUAAGAUGUAAAGGAGCUUGCAGUACUCAAAAUUGGCCUGCCUUGGGUUUAUGUUGAUGCCUGAUAUAUGUAUUCUCUCAAAUGGCUUCCAUUCUCUCUGUAAUAUUUGUUGGGCGUUCGAGGGUAGCACAACUGUGAUUGGAAAACGUACAAAGGAAUAACACCCAUAACACCGAAAAAUAAUACUGUUCUUUUUCUGUAAUAACUAGUACAUAUCGAAACCUACACAUUGAUGGCGUGGAAAAGAUGACCGUCAUUUCUUGGGAGUUAAAAAGUUGAGAAACAGUGGUAAAUGAGACGCAGAAUGUAGACUGCACCUUAACACCUACACCUUAAGGAGACCUUGAGAGGCUACCUUGCAGAGAGGUGGCCUUUAUUGAGAGGUUUAAACGGUUAUUAAUCAUGGACUGUCCGCCAAAAAAGUUGCCGUUGUAGAGAGGUUGCCGUUAGUGGAGGUUCGACUGAAUUAACUCUCAUCUAUCAUUAAGUCUCUCAUCUAUCUUGAUUGAAAAAGAAACAUAUCGUAAGUACGAUAAGUGCAGUUUCAACUGUUUAUUAAUUAUUCCAGUGUAAAGAUCUAGAACGAAAUUUCUUGUUGCAGUGUACAUAGAGUACCGAAGCUCUUUAAAGUUGUUUAAGAAAAGUUAACGUAAGUGAGUUGAUUAUCACCUAGCUGCUCGGGGCAAAGCCUUAUUUGUUUCAGUUACACCUAUCCUUGUUUAGUGAGAGAAAACUUAGGUAUAAAGUAAACGGCAUUUGCGGAUCAAAGCGUUUCAGUAUCUUAUAUUCCACCUUUCUAAAAUCUGGUGAGUUGAUCAUCAAACGGCCCACAAUUGUUGAAGUUUACAAAGUUGGUUUAUUUACAUUGCAACGGUG